AACGUGAAACAAUAGGAAGAAAUACAAAUCAAAUCACUCAUAUCUCUCUCUUUCUCUCUCUCACAUCAUAUCUCAAUUUUAUUUUAUCCUUUUAAAUCAUUAUACAACAAUAAUAUAUACAAAAAAUUUCUCUCAGUUAUAUAUUAUUCUCAACAGUUUUCACAUUUUCAAAGUGAAUGAUUAUUAAUUUUCCUUUUUUUUUGAAACAAAUGAUUAUUAAUUAUACCAUGUUCUCAACAUUCAAAAGUCCUUGUCAUUCAUUAACCGGUUUGCUUAAUCAUAGUAUCACAAAACCGGUACGAUUUAAGUCUUAAAACCGGUUCAAUUUAUGUAGUAAACCCAGCCCGGGCUUGUUCUUCUUCUUCCUCACUCUCUGCGCCGACUUCUCUCCCGAUCUGCUCUUCCCUUUAGCAAAGCUUCUACGUUCUUCCUCCUGUGGUUUCGUUUCUAAAAGUAGUGAAGCAAUGGCGGGCGGCGGAUUGAGAGAACCACCGAACGAGCAAGCAGUUCUGAACAUCUACGAGGCCAUGAGAUCAGAGCUAAGCCAGAUCUAUUCCAACAUUACGGAUCUCGAGAUGCAAGUCAGCGAGCACUCUCUCGUCAUCAACGCCAUCCAGCCUCUCGACCAAUCUAGGAAAUGCUUCCGCAUGAUAGGAGGCGUUCUCGUGGAGAGAACCGUCAGAGAGGUGCUCCCUGCUGUCCAGCGCAACAAGGAAGGCCUCGAGGAGGUUGUGAGGAAGCUUUACGAGACGUUGGAGAAGAAGAAGAAAGAUAUGACCGAGUUUGAAGCUAAGUAUCAGAUCAGGCUUAGGAAGCAGGACGAUCCUAAUAAGGAAGAAGGUGAUAAGAAAAAGGAAGGUAAUGCUCAAGGUGUUCUUGUUGGCGCUGCUGCUGCCAGUUCCAGCCAGUGAAAGUUUCUCCCUUUACUCUUUGUAUCUUCUUUUAAUGGUGUUUUGCUACGUUUCUCUGGAGAACAAUGUUUUGGCUUGUUACAAAACUCAGUAGACUGGAGAAGUGCCAUUUAUAGAUCAGUUUUUGCUUAUA